AUGGUAAAUCCGUCAAGGAAGGACUGGAGUAAGAGACUAGGAGAUGCAUUGUGGGCUUACCGGACAGCAUACAAAAUGCCUAUUGGAAUGUCACCCUACAGGUUGGUUUUUGGCAAGAUAUGCCAUCUGCUCGUAGGAGUGGAGCACAGAUCAUACUGGGCGGUCAAGGAGAUUAACAUGAUACCCCAGUCUUGUGAGGAAGAGAGAAAAUUGCAACUUCAAGAGUUGGCAGAAUUGAGACUGGAGUCAUAUGAGUCCGCAAUAUGGUAUAAGGAGAAGACAAGGCUCUGGCACGAUAAAAAUCUUUGGGUCAAGGAACUCCAAGUAGGGCAGAAGGUCAUGGACAACAAAUCGGAAGCCGGGAAACCUACCACAUUUGCCGACGCCGGUGCGGCAACGUUUAUGUCCGACCUAAUGCAGAAGUUCGGCGGUCCUGAGGAGGGGACUUUGCCAUGUUUACAGCAAUGA